CCACAUGAAGCCAAGGAUCCAGAGCCGCCUGUUGCUGCUGGCAGUUUUGCUCAUAGGCAGCGCCUGCAGCAGCCUGGCCAGCGGCAGUGGAGUCGUCGGCAGCAGCAGCACCGCCAGCAAUGAGCCGAAUGGCCUCUCCGAGCAGGUGGUGGAGCAGCUCAGCGACAGCGAUCUGUACAACAGCAAGCGCGCCUGGCAAUCGCUGCAGAGCUCGUGGGGCAAGCGGAGCAGGGACGUUGUGCCGGAAGUGGAUGGCGACGACAACAUCUACAUGACGGGACACUUUGUGCCGCUGGUCAUCACCGACGGCACCAACACCAUCGAUUGGGACACGUUCGAGCGGCUGGCCAGCAACCAGGACAUGCAGCCACAGCUGCAGCAGCAGCAGCAGCAGAGGCAGCAACAGCAGUCGGGCGAGGACAUGCUGGAAGAUCCGGAGGCGACUGGCAACUUGGAGAAGCGCGCCUGGAAGAGCAUGAACGUGGCCUGGGGCAAGCGGCGUCAGGCGCAGGGCUGGAACAAGUUCCGCGGCGCCUGGGGCAAGCGCGAACCCACCUGGAACAACCUGAAGGGCAUGUGGGGCAAGCGCGAUCAGUGGCAGAAGCUGCACGGCGGCUGGGGCAAGCGUUCCAUGGCCGCCGGUGCUGCCCUGAACUAAAGUGCAAAACCAAUUCGCAACAAUUAAUCCAGGCAUUUACCCAAACUGUAACUAAUCAAAUAAUAUAUACAAGAUAUAUAUGUAUGUGUGUGUGUGUUCCCCCCACCUUCAGCAACCCCUUUGGAGGAGGAGGUUCCGUUCCGUAGCAUCGAGGCAGCUGCCCCCAGAAGCUGUGGGCUCUUGGGGCGCAACUGAAAGUCAAUUCCGAAAAUGUAUGAAAGCCCGCGAAAGAUGCAGACAUCAAAAAUAUAUAUAUCUAUGUGUAUAUUCCAGAUGCGGUACACAGUAUUAUUAUAAUGCAUAUAAAAUAAAAGAAAAUAUAUUUAUCAUCCUCCCAGUAUACCAGAACAAAGGAAUCUUUUGGCAAAGGAAUUAAAUGAAUAUCGCUUUAAUUUAGUGACCGUUAACUUAGUUAA